UAUAUACUUGUCCACCUGGAGGACCAGUUCUGCAACCACUUGUUUUAUACGUCAACUCCCAUAAAAAAACCAAUUAGAAAUCCCAACAAAACCACCUAACAUCCCAAACAAAAACUCAGUAUAGAAAAGGGGUUCAUUUCAAAUUUUUAUUUUCAUAAAGAAACACAAUCAAUAGGUGUCAAAAAAAAAAAAGAAAAACGAGGCAUGAAUCUAGUCCAUUUGAAGGGGAAGUUGUUAGUCAUAUUAUGGGUCAUAAUAGAAAUUGUGUGCUGUGUUAGUGGGAAGUUUGUGGUAGAGAAGAACAGCAUAACAGUUUUACAACCUUAUAGUUUAAAGUCAAAUCAUGAUGGUUCUAUAGCUAAUUUUGGAGUACCAGAGUAUGGAGGAUCAUUGGUGGGUUCUGUUAUGUAUCCUGAUCAUGGAGCUGAUGCUUGUAAGCCUUUUGAGGGUGAUAAGCCCUUCAAAUCUCACACCUCUCGACCCACUAUUCUCCUUGUUGAUCGUGGAGAAUGCUACUUUGCCCUGAAAGCAUGGAAUGCACAAGAAGCAGGAGCAGCAGCAGUUUUAGUGGCGGAUAGCGUAGAUGAGCCUUUAUUAACCAUGGACUCCCCUGAGGAAAGCAGUGAUGCAGAUGGAUUUAUCGACAAGAUACAAAUCCCUUCAGUUCUUGUAGAACGGGCCUUUGGUGACAGCUUGAAAGAAGCUUUAAAGAAAGGUAAUGAAGUUGUUGUAAAACUAGAUUGGUCUGAGUCAAUGCCCAACCCUGAUGGUAGGGUCGAGUACGAGCUGUGGACGAACAGCAAUGAUGAAUGUGGAGUUCGUUGCAACGAGCAAAUGGAUUUCAUAAAGAACUUUAAGGGUCAUGCUCAACUUCUUGAGAAGGGUGGUUAUACACAAUUUACACCUCACUACAUAACUUGGUUUUGUCCUGAGCCAUUCCUGCGCAGCAGCCAAUGCAAGUCGCAAUGUAUAAACCGAGGAAGGUAUUGUGCUCCGGACCCUGAGCAGGAUUUUGGGGAAGGAUAUGAAGGCAAGGAUGUCGUAUUCGAAAAUUUGAGGCAGCUUUGUGUUCAUAAAGUUGCAAAAACCGAGAAUAGAUCAUGGGUUUGGUGGGAUUAUGUUACUGAUUUCCAUAUUCGGUGUUCAAUGAAAGAAAAGAAAUACAGUAAAACUUGUGCUGAGGAUGUCUUGAAGUCUCUUCGUCUCCCUGUUGAUAAGAUUAAGAAGUGCAUGGGAGAUCCAGAAGCUGAUGUAGAGAAUGAAGUUUUGAAAAAUGAACAAGACAAGCAGAUUGGAAAAGGAUCGCGUGGUGAUGUUACUAUUUUGCCCACAUUGGUCAUCAAUGACGUGCAAUACAGAGGCAAGCUGGAGAGAACUGCAGUACUGACGGCUGUAUGUGCUGCCUUCAAGGAGACAACUGAUCCACCUAUUUGUUUGACUGGAGGCCUUGAGACUAACGAGUGUCUUGAAAACAAUGGUGGGUGUUGGGAGGACAAGAAAGCCAACAUCACAGCCUGCAAGGACACAUUUCGGGGAAGAGUUUGUCAAUGUCCUCUUGUGGCAGGUACUCAGUAUCAAGGAGAUGGUUAUACAUCCUGUAAAGCUCAUGGACCAGGAAGGUGCACCAUAAACAAUGGCGGUUGCUGGUCAGAAACAAGAAAUGAAAAGACUUUCUCAGCUUGUUCAGCAUCAGAGCUUUCUGGCUGCAAUUGCCCUGAUGGAUUCCGUGGAGAUGGCCAGAAGUGUGAUGAUAUCGACGAAUGUAAGGAAAGAACUGCUUGCCAGUGCCCUGGAUGCAGCUGCAAGAAUACAUGGGGCGGUUAUGAUUGCAAGUGCGGAGGGAAUCGCUUGUAUAUAAAGGACCAAGACACUUGUAUUGAAAGAAGCUCUUCGAAAUUCGGAUGGUCGCUAUCUCUCUUAGUCCUAGCUGUCUUGGUUGGUGCUGGCUCAGCUGGAUACAUCUUCUACAAAUACAGACUCCGGUCUUACAUGGACUCUGAGAUUAUGGCUAUCAUGUCCCAGUACAUGCCACUUGACAGCCAAUAUGCCAGAAAUGUUGAAGUCAAUAACUCUGAGGCUGAACCUCUACGGCAAGGAUCUUCUGUAUGAAGCUCGAAGUAACUAGUUUUGAUGUGUGAACCAUGUGUAUAGAGAUAGGUACCAUUGUACAAGAGCUUGUAUAUUUCGUUCAUACUGCAAACGGAAUCCAUCAUCCAUGCACACAGUGACACAACUAUGAGCUUUUACCAUCAAGUUCAAUGUACAUAGCUGUAAUAUAUGGAGGUGUAAUUGGACAUUUUCCUUUUUUUUUAAGGGAGGUGUAAUUUGGACAUUAAUGUAAUAAAUCUAUAUCUUUUUUCCUUACA